AUGGUUGGAUGGCUACUAUUGAUCAAAGUCCUGGCUGUGCCCAAGCGUCUGAAAGUUUUGGGUCAUGGAUACAUAGGAGGAGUUAGAAAGGAAACAUGUGGGAUUACUGGAAAAUUACCUAAGUUGGACAGUACAAGAGAGCAAGAAUCUCGGUUUGAUAUCCUGGAUAAUACUGAAGAUUUGCUCACCGGACAUAAGUUGGAUUUGGCAAGCAAAUCAAUCAAGUUAGCUGAUGUUUCGAUAUAUCCUAGCCAGGCUGAAUUAGCAUUUAGGAAAGCCCACAAUGACCAACAAAAAUCUGAAGCUUUGACAAAGGGCCUAAUUCAGGGCGCGGAGGGCAGCUGGUUUUUGCGUGUCGGAGUGAAGGAUGUUGGCCGUGGGACGUGGAGAUGGAUGCAAUUGGUGGUUUAG